GGCCAAGUUUAAUCACCUAUCUCUAUGAAGAAGAACAUCAACAAACUGAAAAUGUCAAAACGGUUUCUGUUACAAACUAAGCCGAGCACGGUAAAUGGUAGUGCAUGAUCUCAAUGUGCAUAUCUAAUUAGUGCCUUGCUCCUUCACUAGUGUUGUAAUGAAAAAGGGAAGACUUCGGAACCUUGCCGCGACCUCCAAGGCCGUGACAAAGGGAGGAGUCAGAGAUGUCCUGGAGAAUGCUGGUGGUGAUGACUUUGAACAGUUCCUUAAAGGGAAGAACCUCCUGCGUCCUGAGGAUCAGUUGGACCUCAGUGAGAAAGAUCUGCAGGAGGAGAUAGCCCGCAUGCUGACCACGAACAACCCUCAGCUACCGGACGGUUUGGUAGAGUAUAGCUACAAGGAAAGAGCGUUCGUGAUGACACCUCUGCCUCCUCAGAUGAUAACUCUCCUGGAGGUGGAAGGCACUUGCCUCCACAAGGAGUCUCCAGAAGCGAUAGAACAGAUGGAACAGGAGGGAGGAUGGGAUGGUGCAUUGGUGGGGCUGGGGUCGCAGUCACAAGGAUCUCUGGUGGCUGAGGAAGUGGCAGCUGUAGACGAACAGGAUGAGGGGAUAGAAGGAGAGGAGGAAGGAGAGGGGGAAGGAGUAGGAGAUGCUGAGCUGGGAGAAGAGGGAGAGGGAGAUGAUGAGGAGAAAAUGGAUGUUGCACAGGAGAAGGGCGGCUCUUCUCCUCGUCCCGGCAAGGCUAAGAAACUGACGAAUCAAUUCAAUUUCUGUGAACGAGCAGCCCUCACUUACAACAAUCCGGAUAGGGAGAUUGGAACACAGACGAACCCUCCACCUCGUGCUUCAUUCGCAGCAUACAUCACCCAGUGGAUCAUCUAUGACGCAUAUCAGGAGGAUUAUGAAAACCAACAGCGGGAGAAGGAGAGAGAACGGAAGGAGAAGAUGCUGACAGCCCAAGAAAGAAGAGGUGGUAACUCGCAAGAAACACGACAAGCUCGGAGUCGAGGCGCGGUGACUAUGAGGAUGAUUCAGGCGGCCAAGAUAUUGGAGCGAAUGAUCAACCAAAACACUUUCGAUGAUAUUGCUCAAGAUUACAGAUACUGGGAGGAUCCGUCAGACGAGUAUCGGGAUGCCGAAGGAACUCUGUUGCCUUUGUGGAAGUUCUCAUACGAAAAGACAAAGAAAUUAAGCGUAACAGAAAUAUGCUGGAAUCCUCACUAUUAUGAUUUGUUCGGCGUUACAUUUGGCUCAUUUGACUUCAUGAGACAGGUGACCGAAGGAUAUCUGUGCUUAUUCACACUCAAGAACCCAUCCUACCCAGAGUACAUCAACUCUACAGACUCUGGAGUCAUGUGUCUGGACUUCCACCCGCAGCACCCGUACCUCGUAGUGGUAGGCCUCUACGACGGCACUGUGGCUGUCUACAAUAUCCAGUUACCUACUAAAGAGCGCCAAUUCCAAAGCAACUCGGUCACCAAUAAGCACGGAGGUAUUGUGUGGCAGGUGUGUUGGGGAGAAGAUUUGCAAGAUGGUGAGAUGAACUUCUACUCUGUAUCGUCAGACGGUAGAGUGUUCAACUGGGUAUUGAUGCAGAAUGAGCUGGCCCAGACUCUGGUCAUUGUUCUAUACCUGGAGAUGGAUCCAGUCAAUGGGCCAGAUGGGACCAUGAUCAGAAUGACAGGGUGUGGAACUGCAAUUGCUUUCCACCCGAAGGACCAGCUGACUUUCCUCGUGGGCACGGAAGAGGGCAACAUCUACAAGUGCAGUACAGCAUACGCCUCGCUGUACUUGUACACGUACAGCGCACACCACAUGCCUGUACAUCGCAUUGACUUUAACCGGUUCGCACCAGAGAUCUUCAUAUCGUGCAGUGCAGACUGGCGCGUCAAGAUCUGGGAGGACAACAGGAGUGAGCCGCUGUUCGUGUUCGACCUUGGCUGCUCCGUGGGGGAUGUCAAGUGGGCCCCGUAUUCCAGUACGGUGUUCGCUGCUGUCACCGUUGACGGCAAGGUGCACGUGUUCGAUCUCAAUGUCAACAAGUAUAAGGCUAUCUGUGUCCAAUCAGUGGUGUCUCGCAAACGCAACAAACUCACCCGGCUGGCCUUCAACCACAAGCUACCUAUCAUCAUCGUCGGUGACGACAAGGGAUCUGUCUCAACGCUGAAGUUGUCCCCUAACCUACGUAUCAAGCCUAAACCACCGAAGAAGCAGACUCACGUGGACCAGCACACACUGGAGGUCUGGAAGCUGGACAAGUUGCUCGCACUGGUGCGAGAGCCGCAGAAGAUCGCACCUCCUGUCGACGCUGAGAGUACCACGUCGUAAUGGCUACUGACACACUUUGUUUAUAUUGUUCCAAAAAUCCUUUUAAAAGUAAUAAAGCAAUACCAAGUAUGUUAUUUUACAUGUACAUAAAAAAAACUUGUUUCUUAUGAG